AUGCAUUUCUCGGUAAACCAAAUGAAGAGUAUUGUGCUUGGAUUCUUGACUCUCAGAAGUGGGGAGGAGAAGUAUUCCGAAAGGGCUCUGCUGAUCUAUGAUGGGCUUCAUUACAAUGCUUUAGCUAUGUCACCCUUUGAGGAGUUUGAUCAGACUAUAUUUGCAGUUAAGGACAGUACCAUUGAGCCGGUUGACAGGCUCGCUCUUAAUCUUGUGAAAGAGCAACAAAGGUAG